AUGUAAAAAUACCAUCAAUAAGUAAAAUGUAAUCCUUUCCAGCACAAACUUUAUUAAUUUUUAUGGUUAGUGUGUUAACAAUAUAAGGUGUUUCUGAAUUACCAAUCGGUGUUUGUCCCCAUGUCCACAAUUUUCCUGAAUAAUCAAGACCGCAUGCAAGAUGAGAGGAAAGCGACACCUGCUUAAAAUCAGUUCCAAUUCUACUAGGAAUAGGUAAAAAGUAUAUCUUUGAAAUUCCAAGAGUGCCAAAAUGAUUUUUAUCUUCUCCAAAAGAAUACACUUACCCAGAAUACGAAAGUGCAAGAGUCACGUUCUUGUUUGUUGUGAUAUACCUUAUUUUUUCAUUCUUGAAAGGUAGCUAAUAAAAGGAAAGCUCAUAGCUGAUAUAAUAUAGGCACCCUGUUUCAGAGAGUAUCUAAAAUGA